ACUUUUGGUACGCUUUAUUUCAUUCAAUAUUUUUUUAAUGUAUGCGAGACGGCGUCCGUCUUUAUUUUGUGUUUUUCAAUUGCUAAACUAUUGGUGAGAGUUUCGAAAUAAUACGUGAAGUCCUUGAAAUUAACAAUUUAAUUGAAACAGAUCCGGCGAUUAGAAACUAUUACCAAAAUGGGCGACCAACAAUUUUUCCUGAAAUGGAAUGACUUCCAAACGAAUAUGGUCACCUCCUUCAGGCAUUUGCGGGAUGAGAAAAGUUUCACAGAUGUCACCUUAGCCUGUGAAGGACAAACAUGUAAAGCACACAAAAUGGUCCUGUCCGCGUGUAGUCCAUACUUCAAAAGUUUAUUAGAGGAAAACCCCUCAAAGCACCCAAUAAUAAUCCUAAAGGAUGUGUCGUACCUGCACCUUCAAGCGAUACUGGAGUUCAUGUAUGCGGGGGAGGUCAAUGUGUCUCAGGAACAACUGCCCGCAUUCCUCAAGACUGCUGCUCGACUCAAGGUGAAAGGUCUAGCCGAGCCUCCCCCACAAAUGCCCAGCAUCAAGCGCGAGGGCUAACCGCCAGUGCCUCCCCCCGCACCAAGUAGAUAACACUGUUAGUAUAUUGUGUAUAUUGCCUUCAGUAAAACCUUUGGCCUAUUGAACAAUUUUAACAUCUAAUGUCUUAGCACAUACUGUUGACACAGCCUGAAGGCGUAAAACUAUAGGUUGCAUGUAUUGUGCUUAUUAUUAUUAAACUCUUUAUUGAACAAAAUAAAUUGUUACAAAGGCGAACUUAAUGCUAGCAGCAUUUUCUACCAGUUAACCUUUGCUUAUGUAGUAAAUAAAUAAAUAAAUAUCUGGUAUCUGAUUAAAGAAAUACUUUUGACUUUAUAAAAAUCUCAGAGUACUUCAUAAAAAUCCUUAUUUAGCAAGACUAAACAAACACAACAUAAGUCAUAGCAAUCUGUACAUUAUUUUCGAUAAAAUUAUGAAUCUUGAUUGAUGUUAAAAUUGUUAGUUACAUAAAAGGCUCACAAAUAUCUAUGGCCCUGCCUAUAAGUUUUACUGAAGGUAAUAUAAUUAAGUAUUUGUAUGGUCUGGGGUUGGAUUCAGUACACAUUUAUAAUGACAAAUUUCAACUAGAAACAGAUAGAAUAACUCUGUACACUUUCUUCCCAGGCCACACAUAAUAUUAUGUUUGGGGACAUUCCAUAUGGUUUGUUAAAUGACAUGAAAUAACUAUUAAAAACUGCAAUUUCCAGCUUAGUUACGAUUUAUAAAUGUUGAGUGAUUUACAAACCAUGAACAUUUUUCGAAUAUAGUCCCAAGCACACAUUUUAUCACACUUUUUGUUUUUUUACUUUGGCAGUAUGUUCUCAUUAGUAGAUCUAAGCAUAAUUUCACUUAAAUUUUAUGUUUUUUCCUCAUAAUUGACCUGGAAAGGAUAUUAUACUAGCCUGUAGCUAGCUAACAUCUGAGCAUAAUUUUUAAAAUGGUCAUCAAAAAAUAAUGAUGUAUUUUUAUUAUUAACUGAAUAAUCUCUAAUACUGUACAGAUUUUUUUGUAUAUUAACUUGAAAUAACACAAACCAAUGUUACACAUACACAAUUUAUGAUAAGACUUACUUCAUUGCUUUUCAACACACAUCGUUCUAACAUCGACAUAAGUUAUGUUGCUGCAUCGCUCAAAAUUAAUAUCAAAUUUCAUAAAAAUAUGAUAGCACUCAUGCAAAAUAUAUGAAUUUCCCUUUAUGGUCGUUAAAAUUCAAGCAAUGCGAAAUUGACUAAGGCGGCUUGCCAUCUUUGUUAAUAAUUAAACUAACUUUCCCAUUCUUUCCCCGUGAUAUGAUAGCAUAGUUGGCUUCAGUCUCUCUUACUAACAGAUUCUCAAGUUACCUAACACCAAAGCACGCUAUAGUUAUAACACUAACCCCUGUUGAACAGUCUGCUGCAUUGCAAUGUAGCUAUUAUGCAUUUCACUGUAAGGUUGCAAAUGCGCCGCAGAUUUUGUUUCCCUUUUGUUAUUAUUUUCCCUUAUUUAUGUUAUACUAUGCUAACAUAUCGAAUAACUGAUAGAAUCUGUAAAUUUUGUAACAUUUUUGUGACAGUUGUAAAGCCAAUGUAAUUAUAGUCUAGAUGCUUAACUUAGAAGGUUCCUUAGGUUAAGGGGAUAUAUCAAUCCUAUGAUUACAAUUUACUAGUACUCUUUGCUUUAAAAUAAAUUAACUGACCAGUCCCUAAGGAACCCCUGAGUUAAACAGUUAACCUAUAGAAACUCUUCAUGUAGAUAUUUCCACCAACGGUUGCCUUAUAUUUUAGUGAAUAUAAUUAAAUGACAGAUGAACAUGUAAUGGUUAUAGUUUACUAUAGUGAGCCACGUCAGGUGACUAAGGUCACGAGUGAGAAAUAGCUGCUUUAACAAUUGACCAAUUAAAAUGAAGGAUUUUAGUUAAUGUUGCUAACUCUUAUGUUAUUUUUAGAUAUCUUCACUUUUAUAAACUAGUGUUUACAUUUGUUUGUUCUGCCAAAACUUAUAACACUCCGUAAGACCUUGUCUUAUAAAGUUAUAUAUUUUUUUAUAGUGGCAUAAUUCAUAUUUGAAUCUUUAAUCUCAAACCACUUUUGCAUUACUUAUGUAGUACAAAAUAUCCCAAGAUAUUAUUACUUUUAAGACUUAUUUCUCCGUUGUGAAUGUAUGACUUUGAAAGAUAUUUUUAAGUGAACAAUGGUAGCGAAUCUGAAGGCAUAAAUAUUAAAAAGCAGUGUGAAACUGUAAAUUUUGCUCCUGGAAAUCGAGAUUUUGGCUGUAACACAGCAUGCUGAUUUCAUCACGCACGCGGGAGGGCACGCUAUUUUCCCGCGUCUCGCGUGCAUAUUCCACGCGUUACAAUGAAUUCUUGUAUGAACGCGUGCGGGGCAAUCCCGCGUGCGUGAUCAAACCCGCAUGUUGUUAAAAACGGCUUACAAAAACAAACCAAUGUCGGUUUAUAACAAAGAAUUUUAGAUUUUGUCAGUGCAAAAUUUUAAUUUUGUGGCUUCAGAAUCGGCACCAGUAUUCUUUUAUUUUUAAAACUAUAAUAAUAGGUGCAAUCUCUUUCCUUAUUACGUAGAAACAAUCAUGUGAUUCAGGGUGUUCACAAGUUUCAUCAAUAUCUUUUGUAAUAACUGUUUUAAACGCACCCUGUGUAGUUUAGUAUGUGGGUACCUCGGAGAUUUCUUAUUCUCCAAUGUUUUUUCUUAAAUUUAACUGAUAAUCAGCGUAUUUCAGUAUGUCACUUUUUAUAUUUUCUCUCCACAAGUAUAGAAAAACAUACAUAACUACUUGUGUGUACAAAAUUCCAGAAAGUAAUUUUAUUUAUAUUUUUGUUAUCGUUCGGCUUCUAUUUGUUUAGAGCCUCUACUGCCAUUUUGUUCUCCUUUUGCUUUGACUUGAACCCUAGAUAAUGUUGUAUAUUGUAAAUCUGAUAUUCUAGAACACAGUGACAUGUGCUGACACACCAUGAACUUAGUACGUAAUGAUUGAAAUUAUGAAAGUUUGUAAUUUUUAGAUAAUACAGAAGAAUAAUUACUUUUA